CUGUUUUAUGCUCCGUUCCUCGUCGCCUUUGCUUCCUUCGCACUUCACAACCACGUCUGCCUGUUCCCGCUGACUCGGCCUCCGUUCUACUCCUUUUUUUUCUGUGCAUUUUUCUCGUCGCCGUUCGAUCUUCGUUGUGGCAACUGGCGAAGGGGAACUGUCCACGGUUCUUGCUGCAGCAGUAUUUGAUGUUUCUGUUCUUUUUUCCCCCUCUCGUCUCCUCCUGAUUUUGCCUCCCGCCUCCUUCGCCUGGUCCGCCGUACCUUCGGCGUUCGUCAGGACUGUGCCGUGCCGUGGGUUUUCAGAUUGUUGUGGAUCUUUUCAAUCAACUAACACAUCCUUCGUUUUCGGCGUUUGUUCCGCAAUUCCAGCCCUCCUUGUUUCGGCAUGGAUAGCUGUGGUGCGUUCAGAGGGAGACAGACAUUUGUGCCCUUCCAUUGUCAGCCGAGUUCGUGGUUUCACGUCUUGGCAUACAAUGGGCCCUUCUCUGAUCUGUUAAAAAUCAAAAUUUUCAGUGCGGACAGGAGUUUUGUAGAGAUUGCCGUUCCACUCCAGUUUUCUUCUCACGCUAGCAAGAGAAAACUGAACAUUGGAUUCCUAGUAGCUUUCUUUCUCUGAAGCAGUUUCGUUUCCCUGAGCUGCCAAGAGCCCAAGACCUCUCUCUCUCUCUCUCUCUCUCUCUCUCUCUCUCUCUCUGCAAAGAGACAAAGUUAUUGUUAGUCAUCACCAGAUUUUUGGGCCUUAGCUGCAGUUCUGUAUGUUUCCUAUAUUUUUUUUACUUUUGACAACUGCAUAGACAACUGAAUACUAUUACUCCAUCCAGUUCCACCAAUCUAUACAGUGUUCAAGGCUUAUAUUCGUGCUCUCUUUUCACUGUUAAAAUCUUCAGCGGCUGAUCCCUGAUUUCACAUAUAUGAUAUCUCUUUAUUGCCUUUCAUGUCUGUCUAUAGUUUAAGGACCCCAUUAAUGACGGCGAACAAAAUGUGCGCAUUGUACUAGCACACUGGUAGUUUCAAGGCGCUGUCCUCACCCUGCAUCUUACAGUGUCCUGAACUGAAUUUAGUUUUAGUUGUCAGGGUCCGUUUACUGUGACCAUCAUUAUGCAAGUAGCAGAAGGUAGGCCCCUUCAUCUCUUGCUGGGCCAAGGAUGAUAGCCUUCACUUUCAUGCUUAGUUCUCUUUAGUAAGGAGAAAACAAUUUGGUUGCUACCGGACAAAUGUGUAGCGCAGUGUAGGGCAUGUUGCAGUGGGGCAUUUCAUUUGCAAAGGAUCAUCUUUUUUUUUUCUGAUGUCUUGUAGCUUUCAUUCUACUUUUGGGAAUGAUAGUUUCAGGGCUUGGUAAGUGGCCAAGUAGACGAAUUUCAUCUUCUCAUGGUUUUCGACUUGCACAUGGAUAACAUAGGCUUUAGUUCCCUGUCGAUACAUGUAGAUUGUGGUCCAGGUCAUCUCCCCGUUCGCUGGCUUCAGCAGCAGAGCUCUUGCUGGCAAACAAGUGAUCUUUCUACAGUUUUAGAAGGGCAGGCCUUUGACACUGGGUUUGCUCUCUUCUCAUGUUCGAAGCUCGGAGAUUAUGACACAAGCAUGACUGGUCCUUGAAAACUAUACACGGCUUUGGAGAGAUGGGAUGUGCUGCUUCCAGGUUAGAAGAUGAGGAAGCCAUCAAGAUGUGCCGGGACAGAAGGGACUUCAUCAAGCAGGCACUGGAGCAGCGCAACCGAUUUGCAUCUUCUCACAUUGCUUACAUCGAGUCCCUGAAGCGUGUUUCAAUGGCUCUCCAACGGUUUGUUGCUGGAGAUGACCACCAUGAGCUCAUCUUCGAUACAUUCAUCUCCCCUGUCAAGCAACAGAAGCCAGAGACGCUCAGCCUGCCUUAUGGUUCAUAUGAGAAGAGAACCAUUCAUGUCUCGAGAUACUUGAGGUCAGGGCCUAACCCAUCAGUGUCAGUUGAGGAGCACCCACGACCGGUGGAAACAGUCCGUGUUGAGUCACAUUACCCUAUGGACAAUCACAGUGGCAUGGAUAGGUUCUUACAAUCGCACUCCUCACCGGUGGUAUCGUCUUCAUACUACCCACCACCUUAUACCAGGCCAAGCUACCCAUCUCCAUCGUCCCAGGAACCAGUUAUGAAUACUUCUACCUAUUACAUGCCUUAUGACAGGCCAAGAUAUGCACCUCCAUCACCCCAGGAGGCAAUGAGGACUUCUUAUUAUGCAUCUUAUGACAGGCCAAGCUACCGACCACCAUCAUCCCAGGAGCCACCGAGGAAUUCUUAUCAUGUGCCAUAUGACAGGCCAAGCUUCCCACCUCCAUCACCCCAGGAGCAGGAAUCAUCACCAUGGGACUCCUUCUGGAACCCAUUCUCAUCGCUGGACAGCUUUGGAUAUCCCCGCCCUCGGAGUAGCUAUGACAACGUGACCAAUGACGAUGAACUCGCGAGGUUACAGCGGGUACGAGAGGAGGAAGGAAUCCCAGAACUUGAAGAGGAAGACGAUGAGUGUCAAGAGCAUGUACAAAUGCAUAGAAAAGAAGAACAAGAAGAUCAUGAUAAUGCGGAUGAUGAUGAUGAAGACGAUGAGGAAGAUGACGAUGACGAAUGUGAGCAUUCAGAUGAGUAUAUGGUUUCUGACGAGGGCACUUGCUCUGUCAAUUUUGAUGCUAAUAUGAAGCAAGAAACAAAGGGAUUUGAAUCCAAAGGUAUUCAGUGUACUGAAGCACCAGAACCUCGCAAGACAGUAGAACUUGAGUUAAAGGCACACAAGAAAGAACUGAUGAGAAACAGAGUAGCAAAUGCAGAAGAAACUCCUGGUUUCACAGUAUAUCUGAAUCGAAGACCAGCAAGCUUGGUUGAGGCCAUGAAGGAUAUCGACUGUCAGUUCUCGGGAAUAUGUGACGCUGCUCGGGAAAUCUCAGUAAUGUUGGAGGCAAGUAGAGCUCAGUACUCAGCCUCAAACGAUCUUUCUGCGAAGAUGCUGAAUCCGGUUGCACUUUUGCGCUCUGUGUCGUCGCGUUCAUCGUCUUCUCGUUUCCUUCUUGCUCCCUCUAGCUCAAUAGAUGAUCUCUUUGACAAUGAGACUAGCAGCUGUUACUCUGAAGAAUCUUGUAGUACCAUGUCUGGAAGUCACCACUCUACCUUAGAUAGACUCUAUACAUGGGAGAAGAAACUGUACAAGGAAGUAAAGGCUGGUGAGCGGUUAAGAAUCGAGUACGAGAAGAGGUUGACACAUUUGAGGAACCAAGAUGUCAAAGGCGAAGAACCUUCCUCUGUUGAUAAGACUUGUGCAGCAUUAAGAAGCUUGCAUACUCGGCUGAAGGUGUCAAUACAGACAGUUCAGUCAAUAUCAACGAGGAUUGAAAUUCUAAGGGAUGAGGAGCUGCAUCAUCAGCUUAUGGAGCUGAUUCAAGGGCUAUCACGGAUGUGGCGGGCCAUGGCUGAACGCCACAAAGCCCAGAAGCGCACCAUCGAGGACGCCAAGCUUCUCUUCCUCCAGCACCACCCCUCGGCCGCCACCGCCAUCUCCCUUGGCCCGCUAGAGGCUGCAGGUCCCCCACCGGCUGCCUUGGAAUUGGAGUCCGAGAUCCAGGCGUGGCGAGGAGCGCUGGAGGCCUGGCUGUUCGCGCAGCGCGCCUACGCGCGCGCGCUGGCCGCGUGGGCGCGACGGUGCCUCGGCAUCAGCACCGCGGCGCGGCCAAGUAGCCACGCGCUGCCGCCGGCGUUCCUGGCGUGCAUGGAGUGGGGGCGCGCGGUCGACGCGGCCACUGAGGCGCGGGUGAUGGACGGUCUGGACUUCUUCGUCGCCGGCGUCGGGUCGGUGUGCUCGGGCGCGGCUGCCGGGAUGGAGGGCAUGGCUGGGCGCGUGCUGUGUGCUGGCAUGGCAGCGGUCACCGGCGCCUUGGCGGAGUUCGCGGCGGCGUCUGGCGACAGCUAUGACGCCGCUGUCGCAGCUGUCGUCGCCGCGGCGCGUGCGCCGGAGCGCGGGAAAGAGGACGGCGUGGGACAAGUGCCGGAACGCUAGGAAAGUGCUGCGGCGGUUGCUUUGUUGGUUGACCGGCCCCCGUGACGUAGAGUGGCUCUGCUCACCUUGUGAUGACGAUGGGUAGGGUAGGAGAUGGAAUUAAGCAUGCAGCUACGUAUGUAGUCUUGUGAUUGAUAAGAAUGCUAUUACAAGGCUAUCUAAUUUUGCUAGCGACUGCUUAUUAUAGUGUGGUGGUCCUAGACCGACAAAUCUAAGCAAUAGCAACAAUUGGUUGUUUGUGAUACAAGCACAAGCGAAUGGGAUGGAGUUUGUUUA